AUGGCUAAUCUUUUAAAGCGCUAUUAUAGAAAUUUAAAGAAGAGGCUUUGUUUCAAGAAAAAGAAAAUAGUCACUUCUGUAGAUUGUGAAGCACAGACAAUUACACAUAACGUAGUUCCGCAGACACAGGAAAAUAACGAUAAUGCUGCUCAGAGCUUAAUAUUGACUUGUGACAUAUAUACUCAGACUCAAAUUGAAGCUGAGUUAGUUGUAUUUGGUACACAAACAGACAAAUCAACAUUAAAGGUCGAACAUACGGAGAGCACUACUCAAACCUCUGAAAUAUCUUACGACGAGCAGUGUACACAGACCAAAAUUAAGGCUAAGUUUAUAGAAACACAAACUGAUGAAUCUUCAUUCAAUUCGCCCUUAAAUGUUGAAUAUUUAGAAAUCGCUUCUCAGUGCUCUAUAACACCACUUACUGUGGAAUCACAUUUUGAGUCAUCUCCAGUUUUAACAGCAAUUUAUGAAUCAAAUUUGGUGUCUGAAGAUUUACCUGACCCGGGCAAAGUUCUAGAUAGCCUAUCUAUGAACAUGGAUUAUAUUAUUGAGCCACCUACAGCUUUCUCAGAUACGGCCACUCAGUCUGCUUCAUUGUCACCAAUUUGUGAAACAAAUUUGGAGUCUGAAGAUUUACCUGACCCGGGCAAAGUUCUAGAUAGACUAUUUAAGAAUAUGGGUUAUAAUGUUGAGCCACCUACAGUUUUUUCAGAUACGUCCACUCAGUGUUCUUUAUUGACACCUAUCACGGAUUCAAUUUUGCAGUAUAUAGAAUCAUUAUACUAUGUUUUUGGAUUUACCGAGACUAGCUCUUUAAAUGAGGUGCAUGAAGAACCUUCUACUCAGCGCUCUAAAAUGCCCGUUACUACGGAAUCAUUUAUGAAGUUUGCAGGAUUACCUGAUGAAGUCGCAGAUUUGGUUAUAGAAUUAAUGAAAAUGCGUCAAAAUGUAUUGCAACCAAAUUUAGAGUCACCUCUAGUUAUGACAGCUACACGUGUUGAGAGAUAUACUCAGACAAAUUCUGGAUCUGAAUUAAAUGAUUUAACUAAAAGUGUCCUGUAUACAGAGACGGGUACUCAGUGUAUGUUAUUGUCACCAUCCACGGAUUCAAUUUUGCAGAAUAUCGAUUUACUAUACUCUGCAUUUGGAUUUAAAUAAAAAAUUGAAGGAAGAUUAUUAUGAUUAAGAAAAAAUUAUUUUUGAAAGAAAUUGUUGUUAAGAGUUAAAUAGAUGAAUAAUUAUAAAUAUUUUGUUGUAUCAUUAAAAAAUUAUGUACUUAUAUACUUAAUAUAGUAACGUAUUUUCAUGUUAUACGUCAUUAAUGAAAAUUAUUAAAUUUUAUAAAAUUUUUCAAAAAGUUAAUAUAUUUUUAUUUGAAAAACA